AUGAAGACAGCAUUGAUGGUGGCUGAAAAGCCUUCUUUGGCAGCAUCGCUCGCCAAUAUUUUAAGUAACGGUCGAUGCACAUCCAGAAAAGGUUUGAAUGGAUCGAAUACUGUUCAUGAAUGGAUAGGCCAGUUCAAGUCUGAAACAGUGAAUUUUAAAAUGACUUCUGUUUAUGGUCACGUUAUGAAUUUAGAUUUCUUUGGGAAGUACAAUCAAUGGGACAAAGUGGAUCCUGCAGAGUUAUUUUCAUGCCCAACAGAAAAGAAAGAAGCAUCUCCUAAACUAAAAAUUCCUUACUUUCUUGCUAAAGAAGGAGCUCAUUGCGAUUAUUUAAUAUUAUGGUUGGAUUGUGACAAGGAAGGAGAGAAUAUCUGCUUCGAAGUUAUCAAUGCAGUGCAACAGGGCACAACUAGGAGGCUGAGUCCAAAUGACAUUUGGAGAGCUCGAUUUUCUGCUAUUACAGAGAAAGACAUUAAAAAUGCAUUAGCAAACUUAGUGAAGCCCAAUGAAAAUGAAGCUAAAAGUGUUGAUGCCAGACAAGAAUUAGAUUUGCGAAUUGGUUGUGCUUUCACCAGGUUUCAAACAAAAUUUUUUCAGGGGAAAUAUGGAGAUUUAGAUGUAUCCCUCAUUUCCUAUGGUCCAUGUCAAACACCAACACUAGGAUUUUGUGUACAAAGGCACGAUGAAAUUCAAACAUUUAAACCUGAUCCAUAUUGGGUUCUACAGGUUACAGCAAAGUGUCUUGAUGGUCAAGAUAGUAUUUUAAGCUGGAGUCGUGUGCGAUCCUUUGACAAAGAAGUAGCAAAUAUGUUUCUGAGCCAUGUAAAGGAGUAUGACGAGGCAAUUGUCAUAAGCGUGGAGAGCAAAGAAAAGACAAAAUCACGACCAAUAGCUCUGAACACAGUGGAAUUGAUGAGGGUAGCAAGUUCAGGCUUGGGAAUGGGACCACAUCACGCUAUGCAGUGCGCGGAACGUCUCUACAUACAGGGCUAUAUAAGUUACCCUCGGACUGAAACAACUAUGUACCCGGAAAAUUUCAAUUUACUCGCAGUGUUGAAGCAACAACAGAGUAGUUCCGAUUGGGGCGAUCAAGUGCGUAAAAUAUUAGCGAAUGGCAUUAACAGGCCAAUGAAAGGACGUAAUGUUGGUGACCAUCCUCCUAUCACUCCAAUGAAGCAAGCUACGAGGAGCGAUCUCGAUGGAGAUUCGUGGAAGCUUUAUGAUUACAUUACCCGACACUUCAUUGCUACUUUAGAUCAGGAUUGUAAAUAUCUGAGUACAACAAUGAAAUUCGAAAUAGGAAUGGAGGUUUUCUCUAUGAAUGGUCAUAGUUUGAUAGACCCUGGGUACACUAGUACUCUUACUUGGCAAGCGCUCGGUAGCAGUGAUACGCUACCUAAAUUUGUACCCGGUGACAGAGUCAAUAUACAAGAGGCGAAACUGCUUGAAUGCUACACGCAACCGCCCGAUUAUUUGACGGAAGCAGAACUAAUCUCGCUUAUGGAGAAACACGGAAUUGGAACUGAUGCUUCGAUUCCACUACAUAUAAAUAAUAUAUGUAUGAGAAAUUAUACUAGCAUUGCAACUGGCAGGAAAUUAGUUCCUACCUCAUUAGGUAUUGUGUUGGUCCACGGAUAUCAAAAGAUAGACCCUGAGUUGGUUUUACCUACAAUGAGGUCUGCAGUGGAGGAACAGUUGAAUCUAAUCGCUCAGGGACGAGCGGAUUACCAUGCAGUAUUGCAGCAUACGGUAGAAAUUUUCAAACAAAAAUUCCAAUAUUUUGUGCAUAAUAUUGAAGCGAUGGAUCAGUUAUUCGAAGUUUCGUUUUCACCACUUUCUGCGUCCGGAAAAGCCCACUCCAGAUGUGGAAAAUGUAGACGUUACAUGAAGUACAUACAAACAAAACCGUCGAGGAUGCAUUGCGCGCACUGUAACGAAACGUAUAACCUUCCACAAAAUGGAAACAUUAGAAUCUAUAAGGAACUGAAGUGUCCAUUGGACGAUUUCGAAUUGUUGUCCUGGUCUACUGGAGCACGGGGGAAAAGCUAUACCUUUUGUCCAUACUGUUAUAACAAUCCACCAUUUAGGGACAUGAAGAAAGGAAUUAGUGGCUGUAACUCAUGUACUCAUCCAACUUGUCCACAUGGUAUGAAUUCUACUGGUUUAUCGAGUUGCCUUGAAUGCAAUUCGGGUAUACUAGUGCUCGAUCCUUCAGCCGCACCUAAAUGGAAACUAGGCUGUAAUCGUUGCGACGUUAUUAUUCAUUUAUUCGAUAAUGCCCACAAAGUGGUGGUCGAUACUGAUGUGUGCGACUGUGGCGCGCAAUUAGUCACUGUGGAAUACAAACAGGAAAAAACUAAGCUUCCCAAUGAAGCGACGGAGAUGACCGGCUGUGUUUUUUGUACACCAGCUUUCUCCGCUCUUGUAGAGAAGCAUAGAGCUGUCGCAUCAAAGCCAGUUACAACCCGUAAUCAUGGACAUGCGAAGAGUCGUAGUCGGGGGAAACCUCGUCCUCCUAAAGGCAAGAUGGCUCAGUUGGCAGCGUAUUUUGUAUAAUAAUUUUGUAAACCAAGCCUGUGAAUGUAAUCGUUUUCUUAUACACUGAAACAUU